UGCUUGGAGCGCAACGGUCUUACACGAUUGCUUGGUCGAGCAGUGGUGCUCUCACAAGGAUUGUCGAAGAAGAAUGCGGCUUAAAAGCUCCUUUGAGCUGCUGGCAAGCGAGACGAUACUCAAAAAGACUCAUUCGAUACCACUCACACUCUUACGGAUUGUUCCGCUGAUCCAUCCUCAAAGCUUCCUUGUAAG